AUGGGUGAUAAUCAUGCUGGCGGUAUGACAGUGAGUACAGCACCAGUGGAGGAGACAAAGGCGAAAUCUGCGGCUGCUGGAAAGGUCCAGGGUGAUUCUUCGAAGCCGGAUAAUCCGUUCAAACCUGAGAAGAUAAUGCAGCUGGCCAUAUUGGGGAUUACUCUCCAUUUGGUAUGGAAUAAACUAUACUACUCUGAUGGAGAAUACCGAGUGCUGUUUCAUAACGGUCUGAUCGUGGCUGUUGCAGUGCUUGCUGGAGCCUUUUCUACGUACAGGCACGGGGAGGCCAAUUCUUCAUUAUUGCCGAAGUUCGAAAUAAUAUAUCUGGUCUACUUAACAUUUAUGAUGGUCAUAUUGUUUGAUAGAGCACAUGCCAGUGUUAAUUUUGGCUUGGUUCUGAAUUGUAUCAAUAUGCCAGAGGCAUUCAAACUUGGUGCGCAGGCAAUUUUUGUUCUACUGAACGAAUCACCAGCAGAAUUGGAUGAGAAACUUCGACACUUGCUUGCUAUUUGCCUGAACUAUGCCCUUUAUACAAUACUGGCUAACAUCAGUCAACUGAAGAGUUUGGAUGCAAUCGAUUGCAACUUAUUCAGCAUUCUAUUAACCAAUGUUCUGUUCAUACAUGAGCCCGUCGAAUCUAUCUAUUUCCAGGUAUUGAGGGGCACCAUGUGGGCUUUUUUAACCAUAGUGGGAGUUAAUUACACCAUUGAUUUGAUUCUAGCGCCCUUACUGAAUACCUACGUGAAAUCUGCGGUGCUCUUCAGUAUUUUUAUUAUUGGAUUUCCCGCUUUGGUUAGAAAGCUGUUGACAAUCGAUAAUCAUGAUUCACUUGAGUGGUUGAUCAGUUAUAUCACUACAUCUUAUACGCGUCAGCGCAUUUUGACCAUUUGGCUAGCAUCGUUGCUGACUUUGAUACCCAAUGUUUUGAUCUUCAAAUCCAGUUUCACUCUAAAUUCAUCAAGAAAGAUAUGGCAUUUCUUGGUACUUAUUUUAAUCGCCAAACCAUUCGAAAUUGAUCCAAACUUCGUGAAAAUAUCACUGGCAGGAUCCAUUGUGCUUUUCCUGAGUGUGGAGUAUUUGAGAUAUCUCAAGCUGGAACCCAUAGGUGGGUAUCUCGACUCUAAAUUGAGGCUUUUUGCAGAUUACCGUGAUGAUAAAGGACCCAUAAUAGUCUCAUACAUCUAUUUGAUUUUGGGGAUUGCCACACCCUUGUUGAUCAAUAACUCGCCCGUUGGACUGAUUAGCCUUGGGGUGGGCGAUUCUUUGGCGUCCAUUGUUGGCAGCAAAUGGGGAAGGAAGGUCUGGCCCGGAACAAACAAGACACUUGAAGGCACUGCUGCUUUUAUUGUUAGUACCGUAGCGACAGCCGCGAUUUUCAAACGCUAUCUGGGUUACUUCAAACAUAUAUCGCUGACCAAUUUAAGUGUCAUUUGCACCUUGUGCGGUUUGCUUGAAGGGAAUAGCUCUCUGAAUGACAACAUUUUAAUCCCUGCUUUCAUGCUGAUUACGGAAGAGCUUUUUACUGAUUGA